CUGAUGUAAAUGGAAUUACGUUUGUGUCCCAGGGUAUAUUUGCGAUUGACUCGAUCCCUUCGCGGCCAAAAAUCCCCAUUCUUUCCUCAUCUAUCUCAACCGGCAGUGAACCUGCGACGGCGGCGGCGCCACACCGGAGAAAUCAGUUGGGGUGGUUGAUAGAGUGGUGAUUUGGUGCUUGAAUUAUUGUUGUGGUGGCGGUGCUUCAUGAAUUUGGAGCGGAAUGGCCAACUAUUCUGGAAAAGGGGCGCCGACGAACGGGUCUGUUUAUGUUUGUAACUUACCUCCCGGUACUGAUGAGACAAUGUUGGCCGAGCACUUCGGCACUAUUGGCUUGCUGAAGAAAGACAAACGAACCGGGCGUCCAAAGAUAUGGCUAUACCAUGAUAAAGUGACAAAUGAGCCCAAAGGAGAUGCCAUGGUCACUUAUGAGGAUCCACAUGCUGCACUGGCUGCUGUUGAAUGGUUUAACAACAAAGAUUUCCAUGGAGCCACAAUUGGAGUCUGUAUGGCAGAGUCAAAGAAUAAGGAUGACACCACAAAUCAUGUUGGUGACCAAGCUGUUGUUACUGAUGUCAAUGAUUUGGAGGAAGCAUCCGUUGAUGUGAGUGAUGGGGGUGGAAGAGGUAGAGGUCGAGGAGAUGCUGGGGGGAAGCCAUGGCAACAAGAUGGAGAUUGGUUGUGCACGAAUACAAGUUGUGGCAAUGUGAACUUUGCAUUUCGAGGUGUGUGCAACCGCUGUGGAACUGCACGCCCUGCCGGAGCCUCUGGUGGAGGAGCAGCAGGUGGGGGUCGAGGAAGGGGUCGUGGUAAUAGUGAUGCAGGAGGGCCUGCCCGUGGAGCUGGUGCUGCUGGAGGAGGACUUUUUGGUCCAAAUGAUUGGCCUUGUCCAAUGUGUGGAAAUAUUAAUUGGGCAAAGCGCACAAAAUGUAACAUCUGCAAUACCAAUAAGCCUGGAACUAGCGAGGGAGGUGUGAGAGGGGGACGCGGUGGAGGCUACAAAGAGCUGGAUGAAGAAGAGAUAGAAGAGACAAAAAGGCGCCGACGAGCGGCCGAAGAAGAUGAUGGUGAAAUGUAUGAUGAGUUUGGCAAUCUUAAGAAAAAGUUCCGUGCAAAAACACAAGCUGAAACAACUCAGGCUGUUCCUGGAGUUGGGCGUGCAGGAUGGGAGGUCGAGGAACUAGGUGACAAGGAUAAAAGAGAGAGAAGCAAGGAUAGGGGAAGAGAUCGUGACGAUAGGGAGAGGGACAGGCAUAGAAGUAGUAGAGAUCAUGAUAGGCACAGAGAUAGAGAUCGAGGUUAUGAGUAUGAUCGAGACCGAGACUACGGUCGGGAACGAGAGCGUGAUAGAGACCGUGGGAGGUACCGUUGAAUAUAUUGGCUUCUGGGAGUGUGUGUGCCUAUUCUCUUUUGUAUGGAUGGUGAUGGUUGCCAUUUUGGACCUUGUAUUAUGCUUAUUCAUGAUUUCGGCCUUACUGCUUACUUGCUUGUAUUCAAAAGUAACAGAAAAAAUGUGUGGUUCUGUAAUGGAAAGAUGAUCGAAUUUUGGUUGCAGACUGGAAGAAACUGCUGGAUUUCAGCUCGUACCAUCAUCUCGAAUUCCAAAUUACCCUUAAAUUUCUUCAAA